UCUUCCCGAACCCUUAAACCCUAAAAGAAGCUCCCCCAACCGCCCAGGGUUUUCUUCCUCCAUCCGUCCGCAAUGGCGGCCUCCGAAGAGGAAGUAAAGCUCUUCCGCAUCCGCAAGAACAUCUUGGAGAUGCUCAGCGACCGCGGCUACGUCGUCGCCGACGAGGAGCUCUCCAUGGAUUUCAAGCAGUUCAGGGAUAAGUUCGGCGAAUCCUUCAAGCGCGAAGACCUCCUCAUAAACAAGUACAAGAGGGACAAUCCCUCUGAUCAGAUCUAUGUCUUCUUCCCCAACGAUCCAAAGGUUGGCGCAUCUCACAUCAAGCGGUAUGCUGAGCGGAUGAAGCAAGAUAGUGUCUUCAAGGCAAUUGUGGUCGUUCAACAAAUUAGUUCAUUUGCAAAAAAGGGUAUUCAAGAUCAAAGUUUCGCUCAGAAGUUCCGGGUGGAGAUUUUUCAGGAGGCAGAGUUGGUGGUUAACAUCAGCAAGCACAUGCUUGUUCCGCCGCAUCAAGUGCUCAGUGACAAUGAGAAGAAAGCGUUGUUGGAGCGGUACCAUCUGAAAGAAACUCAGCUUCCUCGAAUUCAACUCGAUGACCCAGUAGCAAGAUACCAUGGACUCCAACGUGGACAAGUCGUGAAGAUCAUUCGCCCUAGUGAUACUGCAGGCAGAUACAUUACCUACCGAUAUGUAGUAUGAGUGUCUUAUAUUUAUUUUGACUUUUAAACAUUUAUAGAUAUAUGCUUGACUUUUAGUUAUGGGUGAGGAUAUAACAUUUUUUUAAACUUGCUUAGGCUUGAAAAUCUCAAAUCCUUGUCACCAUCGAAAAGAUUUCCGGCUUGGGUUUGCUACCAUGUCCACUAUUUUUACUGUCCUUUUGCUGUGAUAGAGCAUGUCAUGUCACGUUUAAAUUCACUAGCAGUUAUAGGAUUACUUAUGAAACUUAUUUGUAGUUCAUGCUA